AUGAUAUACAUAAUCUUCGGCCUAGCCUUCGCCUACCUGCUCUAUGAGAAGGUAUUUAAGUUUUACUAUUUCUAUUGGUACUACAAGAGACAAGGUAUAUAAACCACCGAUAUGCCAUUACCUUUUGUUGGAAAUUUACUGAAAUUGAAAAAAGUGUUCGAUACUUCAGAUAAAUACAGUAUGGCUCCUUUCGAGGAGUAUUGGAAAAGAUAGUUUGGGGAAAUCUUGCCUCCAGUUUUUAGUGACCACAGAAUACCAGAAGGCACUGUUGUGUUUUCAGAUCCUCUCUAUGUGAAUGAUAUCUUCACGACAAAAUCAAGAUAUAUGGAAAAGCAUCCAAAGAAGCAUCUCUCAACUGCCUUUUACAAGGAUAAGAUCAACAUUAUGAUAGGUACUGCUAUUGAUGUUACAAAGCACAGAGUAGAUCAACUAAAGCAGUAAAUCAAGGAAAAUGGAGGGAGUCUUGAAAUGAGUCUCAAUUUGUUUGUCUAGGAAGUUAUCGACGAUGUUAUCUAAGCCUGUGUAUUUGGACAAAAAAGUCUUGAAAGAAAGCUAUAGUACAACGUAUAUGGAGAGGAAAAAGAGUUAUCUGCUGGUACAUGCUUCAGAAUUGCGUUCCACACAUAAAUAGAUAGAUAUAUUAAGGUUUUCAGGCAGUUAACUGAUUUCUUUGACACCAUCGCUGUUGACAAAAAUGAAAAGUUAAUCUUCGAUAAUGGUAAGAGACUAAGAACCUAUGUUUCUUAGAUGGUAAUCACGAGAAGAGAAGAAAUGAAGCGGCCUAAUUUCAAGUCACAGGGAGACUUCUUGACUUUGCUGUGUGAGGAUUCAUACUUCAACGACGAAUCCAUUAUUACUGAGUGCACAACCUUUUUGGCUGCUGCAAACGUCACCAACUCAAUAACUGUGACAAAUGCUAUGUUCUAUUUAAUGAGAGAUAGACAUAUUUUGCAGAAGGCUAGACAUCAAUGCAUUACUUAAUUCAAGACAACUCAAGAAGAAAUUAAAGAAUUCUCAGCAGAUUAAUGGAAAGCUGUCAUGAACUAUGAUGGUUAAUAUCCCUUUACUGAGCAAAUCAUAUUAGAAUCACUUAGAAUCGACCCACCAGUGACAAUGUCUACCCCUCACUAUUUUGUAGAAGAUACAAUUAUUAACGGAGUUAAAGUCCACAAAGAUUCAUAAUGGCAUAUUAAUAUGACUGCGCUUCAUCAUAAUCCUAAUGAAUGGAGAGAGCCAGAAAAAUUCAUUCCUGAAAGAUUUGAUCCUGAAUCAGAGUACUAUCUGACUCCAUCAGGGAAAAAGAGACACCCAAUGUCAUUUGCUCCAUUUUUCGGUGGCAAGAGAAUUUGUCUUGGUAAGACCUUUGCUUAGCAUAUUCUUACAAGUAUUCUAACUAUUCUUAUCAAUCAGUUAGAUUAUGAGCUUGCUGAUGAAAGUCUUUAUCACAGUAAACCUUCGAACACAUUCUUGCAGUAGGAAUUUACCUACAAAGUUAGAGCUAAGGAAUUCUGA